GUUUCCUUUAAACCGCGCUAAAAAGCGAAUAUUGCACAGAGCCCGGAGCGCGCGCGGAAAGGCUCGGCUGCGUGUUUUCCCAUCGGGCUUUCUGAAUCACCAUCAGCGAAGAAUAGACCCGGUCGAGUCACGAGGGGUAGUGUGGGGAAUCUGGCAACCCUGGCAGCCCCAGUGAAAGGGCUGAGCGAGUGGAGCAGAGCGAAAAGGCUUUUUCGGGGCAAAGCAGCCGACUGGCCACUUCGCUUCAUGGAGCUCGGCAUGUUUAGCGCGGUUCGCGUUAUAUUUUCAACCUAAUUUUUAUUAUUAUUAUUUUUUUUAAAUUUAUGUUUCACUUCCACACACUGUCCGAGCUCCACUCUGCUCUGCUCCGCUCCUUUUCAGCUAGCCUGCAUGAUUUCUGUUGUGUUGCUAAGCUAGUUUGGCUACAAUGCUAGUUCGCUAGUUAGCUUUGUUGCUAAAAAAAAAAAAAAAAAAGGGUUUCCAGAAGUCAGAUUUAUUUUAGUGAACUCUGGAUACACCGAAAACUGUGCCGUGCUGCGUUAUUUCUCUUUUUUUUUCCUUCCUGACUUUUUAAUCUUUUUAAUUUUUCCACUGUUGUGUAUUGUGUGUAUAGAGAGAUAUAUUUUUAAACGCUUUGUAACGGUUGCAGAAAGUGAACGCAGCUUCAUUCUUCUCGUUUACCCUUUUAAACAAUUCCUUCCUAGCGGUUUGGUUUUUCAAUUUUCGUCUUUAAAAAAACAGUAAAAUCAACCUUCACAUGCUUCACUGUUUGACUUUUAAAGUUAAUCGAACAAUAUCUAUUGUUUUUAAAAAGAAAGCUGUAGAGGAGAAAGCCUGAACGAUGCUGUGUUCACUGUCUGGAGUAAUUAACAGAGUUCAUCAGUGUUUAUUAAUUGUUCUUGUUUAUUUGUUUUAACUGUUUGGUUUUAGAGAGAGAGAGAUCAUAUUUUGUGCACAGUUUUUGCAGUUUAAACAGGAAAAAACAAACAAGCAAUCUCCUAGUCCAGCCUUUCAGUGUUUUUAAAAUAGUAUUAAAGGUGCACUAGGCGUUUUUUUUUUGGGGUUUUUUUUUUUUGCGCAGCCGCAGUACAUGACCUCACACUCAGGCACCUAACUCCAUCCCAAGCUCCAGUUGUGUGUUUAUCAUUCAUAUUUGAAUCCGAAAGCAUGGAUGAUCAUCAGACCCGCAUGCUGUCGGGACUAACCGGGCUCGGAGGACUCGCUCAGGGGGACCCGAAUGACCCGGAUCCGGUCCGGAAGCAGCAGGACAUCGGGGACAUCCUGCAGCAGAUCAUGGCCAUCACUGAUGAAAGCCUGGAUGAGGCCCAAGCCAGAUGCUGGCCAGAGGAGGGACGAGGCGACCCCACACAGGCAGGGGGAGCCGGGGGGAGCGCGGCAGGGGGGGAAUGCACCCUGCCGCUCGACUUCCAACACAGAAAACACGCGUUGAACUGCCACAGAAUGAAGCCUGCGCUCUUCAGCGUGCUGUGUGAGAUCAAAGAGAAGACGGUGUUGAGUAUCCGCGGCGUGCAGGAGGAGGAUCCCCCCGACCCCCAGAUCAUGCGUCUGGAUAACAUGCUGCUGGCCGAAGGAGUUUCCGGUCCCGAGAAAGGCGGUGGAUCUGCGGCAGCGGCGGCAGCAGCGGCGGCCGGAGGAUCCCCGAACGACAGCAGCGUGGAGCACUCGGACUACAGAGCUAAACUCGCUCAGAUCCGCCAGAUCUACCACUCCGAGCUGGAGAAAUACGAACAGGCCUGCAGUGAAUUCACCAACCACGUGAUGAACCUGCUGAGAGAGCAGUCACGUACGCGGCCCAUCUCACCCAAAGAGAUCGAGCGCAUGGUGGCCAUCAUUCACCGCAAGUUCAGCUCCAUCCAGAUGCAGCUCAAGCAGAGCACCUGCGAGGCCGUCAUGAUCCUCCGCUCACGCUUCCUCGACGCCAGGUCUCUAACUGGUUCGGCAACAAGAGAAUCCGAUACAAGAAAAACAUCGGCAAGUUUCAGGAGGAAGCGAAUCUGUACGCAGUCAAAACAGCCGUGGACGCAGCCAACGCUUCUGCACAGGCUAGCCAGGCAAACUCCCCCGCCACGCCCAACUCAGGUGGAUACCCAGCGCCGUGCUACACGCCUGAUGGCCGGCUAUGAGGAGCGGUCAGGAAGUGUCCUUUACACCCCACACUGCCUAGACGCCAACAGCAGCUGGCAGGAAAACCUCAUCACUCCUCCACCCAGACAUCCCAGCAGAGUCCAGUCACAACCCUCCAACUGAGAGAGACACAGUAACACACACACACACACACACAGAGGACCUCAGCGCUUCCACCAGUCCAACUCUGCUUCCUCCUCGGGCUCGCCUUUUGUUUUACCAGUUCUCAGCUCCAAUAGUGCUACUGAGAGAGAGAAAGAGAGACACACACACACACACAUUUUCGAGUUUGGACUUCAUUGGACAGUUGUCCAGGAGCCUUGGCUCCUCCCUUCCUGAGGCUGACACACAGGAAAAGGAAAAAGAAAGGUCACACGUCAGAGCAUUCUGGUCUCCACUGGAUAGAUUGUGUGUGUGUGUUGGGGGGGGCUCUCUCUCUCUCUCUCUCUCUCUCUCUCUCACACACACACACACACUUACUCCACCGUCUACAGUGAAGACCCCACAGCAUCUCCUUUCUGCCUGCUUUGAACCAAAGUGCUGUCGAGUGUCACGUGUUCAUCUGUCAGAGAGCCGCCCCGGACAGCUGCAAAACACACACACACAGAGGUUCUCCUCAGUCGCUGUGUCCAAUCGCUUUCUGCUGCUUUCGAGAGCACUUUCACAACUGCCUCCAUGUCAUCGGUUCCUAAGCAGAACGCUCACGUAUUCACACGUUUAUACUCGGUUGCUGUCUUCCUGCAUUUCCAAAAAUAUAAAUAUAUAAAUAUAUGUAUAAAACAGCUAAGCACAACUGUUCGGUGUCGUGACUUUGGAGAAGUUUUUCCAAAGCAUCCUGGAGGAAUGGAGGAGAAGGUGGAGGGCAGGUCUGUACUGGAGCCAAGAAGGGGACAGAUAUUUUAAUCACGCACCCGCAGGCCAGGUCUCUCACCGGCCUUUUUUUUUUUUUUUUAAAUAAGAGAUUCGUUUUGUUUUUUGUUUUACUCCAUUUAAAUAGCUUAGCGGCUUUUAAUAGCUUUUUCCUCACAGUGUAGAAUUGAAUAUAACGUGGCUUUCCCACCUGUGAGCAGAGAGAGCUGUGGUUUCAUGUUGGGCCACUGAACAUUGAUGGUUGUGGGGUUUUGUUUUGUUUGUUUUCUUAAAUAUAUGAUAAAAUAAGUCUUCCAUCCAUGCAUGUUAAUUCCUGAAGACUAAUUCAAGGACCAGAAAGUCCUUGUGUAGCUUGUCAGUUUAAUUUUAUUUUAUUUUAUUUUUUUUUCCCUGACAAGAAGUAAAAAUAUUGCAGAGCGGAGAGAGCGUAAUGGAACGACAGACCAAAAAAAAAAGCAGCGUCGCACGUCACGUACUUCUCAGAGCACUCCGGCCCUCCAGGAGACGGGUCUGUACAUCAUUACAUCAGUCGAACCAGAGCUUCGGAGGCUGCAUCAACCUGACUGUGUACUCCAAACCAAAAAAAAACAAAAGUUCGAGAUGAAAUUGCAAAAUGUCGGUGGAUGUCAAAACCCACGGAGGCAGAGGAAGUGGGUUUUGGUUUUAUGCUCUUGUAUGCUGUUUUUUCUCUCUUGGUACACUUUUUAUCUGAUUGUAUCUCUCUCUGUAUGCGACAGAAAACAUCCAUACUGUGAUUCUAGCAUGCCACAUCGUCCUGUUAAGAAAAGAAAAGAAAAAAAAAUCCUUUAACCUGGUCGAGCAACAAGGGCUCUCAUCCUUUUUGAAGUUGUACCAAAAAUGUCAUGGUUUUGAAGUCGGUGGACUGCAGCACACAUCGAGGACCGUCACAUUAAACUCCAGGAUCGCUUUCCUGACACAGGAAGCACGGAAAUAAAGUGUGGACAUGGUGGCGGGGUUUGUUUUUGUUUUUUUUUAUUCCUCUUUCUCUCUCUCUCUCUCUCUCUCUCUGUCUGUCUCUCCUUGCUUUUUUCCGCUUUAACACUGACCAUGGGAGCACCAGGGCAUCCUGCUAUACGAAUGGAAAUUGUUACGCAAUGAACUCAAAACCUGAAAUGCAAGAUGGGUUUUGUUUAUGUAUAAACACACACACACACACACGUGACGCAGAAAUGACCUUUUUACCCACAUCUGUACAGAUUAAUGUUACUUAAUACAUUUCAGCUGGCUGGCUUUUCUUCUAACUAACGCUAUUACUACACCAAAAUAUUUUUUUUAAUUAAUAAUACUUUUUUUUUUCUCCCCCCCCCCUUUCCUUCCUCCUUUUUGUACUCGUCAUCACCGGAUGUCAUUGUACAGAUUGUGGAAUGUUUAAGUGUAUUUCUCUUUUUAUAAACUGUACACCUUUUUUGAUUUUUAAUUCCUCCCUUCUUCCUGACUUUACUCCACUAACGACCUGGAGUGUUUGUAUUUUGUAUUUGUAAUGUUGUUGAGUUUGAUUUUGGGGUUUUUGGUUAUUAUUAUUUGUUGUUGUUUUGAGUUUGGUGCAGUGAAAUUUGAUUCCUCCUGAAUUAAAGUACCUGUGCGUAUCUGCAUCGGUCCUCCUGGCACCUGUCGGAAACGGUACAGCGUUUCUUACGGAGCAGGUCAUCUUCUAGAAGCGUCACGACACAACACGACAAACAGGCAGAAGUUUACGGCUCCGGUCACAGGCCGGAUUUUUGUGCGUUUACGAGCGUGUUUGCUUGCUCAACAGGAGAUCCAGUCUCCCAGCAGCUCGGGCCUCUCUUUUUUUUUUUUUUGGUCCUUUAAAAAGGCUUUUGUGCAGCUGCCAGGGGUGCAACAUUUCCAUUCCUGAAACUCGCUCAUAGUUUACGACGGCUUUAAGCCCCGAUUUCAGCUGUGGCAUGAACAGACACGUUCCCGACUUCCCGGAGUUACGCCACAUUGCUGGAAUUACUUGGAACUUCUUGUCUGACAGACACCUUUCACACAUCCUGUUUACACCUUGGCCUUGUGUGUCAGAUUUUAAUCCAUCACCCAUUUCUGGAUAAAAGCUAAACAGGAAGUUGAACAUCAUGACCUGAUUUGCAUAUUCAUGCAUGAAUCUGGUUUAAAAAAAAAAAAAAAGCAGCCUCAUCAGUUUACUCGUCUUUCAUCCGGACUCAGAUCAUGAUGUGGUUUCAGAAACUGAGAGUCCUGACACGCAUUCAGUUCCUCACUGAUCCUAGAUGAACCUGUACACACACACGCGCACACAAAGCUUGCAAUCAUGUGACGAGGUUAAAUUUCACUGCACCAAAACCAAAUAAAAUGGAUUUGUGGUUUUAUGUACUUUUUUUUUUUACCCCCCCCCCUAGAACUGUAGUAUAUCCUUCCUUCCUUCCUUCCUUCCUUCCUUUCCACUUCUGUAUUCAUCAUUCUUCCUUUUCUCUACCUCUUCCCUGUUCUCUCCAUUUUUCUUGUAUAUAAAACCCUACCCUUUUCAGACUUGUUAGUCUGGUAUGAACUCCUUUUAUACCUCAACUUUAGAACUGUUCUAGUAAGAGAGAAAAAGAAAAGAAAAAAAAGGAAAUAUGAGAAUUGUAGUGUUCCUUAUUAGAAAAUUGAAAACUAAUAAAAUAAUCUAGUGUGCUUUUGAGCUCUGGGGGGUUUAUUUGUGGUGUUUUUUUUAUCACAAAGUUGAUGUACAUUUUCAUGGGUUGUUUAUAUGUUGCCUGUCUGUGACACACUGACUGAUUUUUAGAAGAAAAAGCCUUCGUCACGUACACACGCGAGCACAGUGAAAUUCAACAGCUGCGUUUAACCCGUCGGAAGCAGCGCAUGCCUUUAGACUGUGCUGGAAACCCACGUGCACAACAUGCAAACUCUACACCAUCACCAUGCUGUUGAUUGAUUGAUUGAUUGUCUAAUCUUUAACGUAUUUAAAAAACAAACAAACACAUGACCCUCAGUGGUGUUACUGUGAGUUCACAUCAUGAUCACUUGGCGAUGAUUAAAAAAAAAAAAAAAAAGUGUUUGAGCCAACUCUAGUACUCAUAAUACAAACAAACCAACAGCGUAUUAUAAAGCAUCAACACGUCAUUGUGUAAAUUACAGCAGAAUUGUUCAUUAUCUGCACAGUAAGCGAGUGCUAUAGAGCAAAAAUAUCCCAAUAUUUGACAAUCAAGGGCGUGUGCAGCCGUUUAAGUUUGUUAGCAGAUGUUUAUUCAAAAUAUUUUUAUCCAGUUUACAAAAAAAAAAAAAAA